AAGUUAUCUAAAGGCAGUUGGUCCUGUAGCAUAUAAAGUACCCAUACCUAAAGAUGAGAAGUACAGCAGGGAGAGCCAGCAAACAAACAGCAGACAGGAACAAAGUGCUGUGUCUUCUGCCAAAGAUGCCAAAAGGUCUUUUUACUUUCUUUCGUCUUUUUAUGCUCUUACUCAGUUUCUCCACUAUUUGCCUGGGAGUACUUUGCAUGUCCACGAAUUCCUCCAUGUGCAGAUGUGGGAACAACAAGCUAGUGUUUCAUUGCCUGUUAGCUUUGGGGCUCUGUCUCCUUGUUACUGGCAUUUUCUGGAGCACUUUCCAUGAAGUCCUGAAGUACAGGACCCUUGGCAUCUUCAUUCAAAAUCCCAGCCACAGAGAACCACAUGUCUGCACCAUAGACAGGCCUGACUUCUACCCUCCCUCUUAUGAAGACAGAAUAGAUGCUGAAAAACUGGUCUUCCCACUGCCAGUUGCCUCCACACUAAAACAGCAAGAAUUCAUCAAUAUUCCUCCGCCUCCAUACAGUGAGAGUAGUGCAGAGUUUGCCAGUGAAACAAAUGAGCAGGAGCAGCCACCACCAUAUACUUUAUCUGUGGAGCAGCAGCAAACAGCUGACCAAGAGCCAAACCUCAGAGGGGGGUUAAAUUCUCAUAUAUCCAUGCAAGAAAUCAGCUGCCAACAGGAUACAGACUUCCAGAGGACCUCAGGAAGAGCAACACCUGUCAAAACAAGAGAGACAGGCAGCCAGUAAAAUCCUUCAUCUGUGAAACAGGGCAAACUGGAAGAAGACUGUGUCACUAACACUAACCCUAACACUACUUAGGGUGAAAUUGCAUAGGAAAAACAUUGAUCAUUUGUGACUUAGAGUGGAGUUGGAGGGGAUAUGCAAAAGUGCUCAGUAUUUCAAAUUAGAAUAAAUCUCCAUAUAGAAAUGCUCAGGCUGUGUCUAGUAGAAGUCACCAUCUCUGGUAAUAGGAGUUUCUUAAGUUACCAGAUAAAUGAAGCAUCAUGGUGUUAUCAAUCUUGACUUGUGCUUCAUAAGGAGUUUCAGAUGAAAACUGUAAUUUUUUUGUUUUGGGACAUUAACUGACUUGGGAAACGUAUUAACUUUUGUUUGAAAUUUGCAGAUUAUUUGUUGCAACUGAUUAUUUUUGUAUUGUAUGUCUUUCAAGUUGUUUUAUGUGGGGGUAAAAAUAACUGCUAUUUUGCUAGUGAAUUCAUGAAUACAUUUUGUAUUUAAAACAAAUGCCUUGUAUUUGCUUAUAUGAUAUGAGGCGCCCAUGAUUCAGGAAAAGGACACAAUAAAAUACACUACCUAGCUGCCAAACAGAGAGCUCUGGUUAUGCUUUCAUCUCCUCAGAGGGAACUAUCAAUUGCAGGAGGAAAAACCAUCUCUGACUCCUCUGAGCCAAUUCUAAGAGCAGCUGCUUCUGUCACAGCUUACUCAAGAUUGUGGGAACUGAAAAAGGAAGCCUGUACCCUGUUUCUGACACAAGUGGCUUCAUAAUUACACAACAAAUAUACCAGAAAAAUUA